UGAACGGCGGCCAUUUACGAAGAACUACACCGUUGAAGUCACAUCUUAACGAAAAGAAUUCCAUUCCCGCGUUAGUAGUGGCUUACUCUCUAAGCUUUCCGGUUACGGUGUAUGUCAUUCAUGGUGUCCCAAUGACCCUUCACAAUUUGUGCCGUCUAUCAUUCUGACACGUGACAAUCUUUAAAUUUCAACCGUUAAAAAAAUAUUUAAAGUUUGCACUCGAGUCGAGAGAAUUUCGAGAUACUGAAAAAUGGCGGUGCCGCUUUUUGCCAUUAAAAUGUGAACACGUUUUCUUCCAUUCCAAAAACUGAUUCCCGUUAUAUAUAUUCUUAUCAGGUACAAUCUGUAAUAUUCAGAUUCGCUUAUUGUGGUUUCCUAAUGGUCGAAUACUUUGCUGUAAAAGUUUUGAAAAUUCUCCUAUUGCUUUUCUUUUCACGGUGGAACUGCAGCGAAUCCUUUCACGUCGCAUCCACUACUUUUUAGAUGUGUAUAUAUACCUCAAUACAUAAGAGCUAAUCUGCGCUGCGAUCGAAAUAUAAGUUUCGGUUUCUCUUUAUACGAUCCAGCGUCAUACUUUGGGCAGCUACAUCUUGAGUUGAUAUGGCUUAUGUCAGCAAUGGUUUUGAUGAAAAUAAUCAGCAGGCUGAUAUUGGUGCAGUAAUCUGUAGUGGACGAGAAAUUCUUCUUCAGGGUUUUAACUGGGAGUCUCAUAAAUAUGAUUGGUGGAGAAAUUUAGAAAGGAAAGUACCUGACAUUGCAAAAUCUGGGUUUACAUCUGUAUGGUUACCACCAGCAACUCAUUCCUUCUCACCUGAAGGUUACUUACCACAGAACCUUUAUUCCCUUAAUUCUUCUUAUGGUUCUGAACACCUUCUCAAAUCAUUACUACAAAAAUUGAAGCAGAGCAAAGUUAGGGCAAUGGCUGACGUAGUUAUCAAUCAUCGCAUUGGUACUACGCAAGGUCAUGGUGGAAUGUAUAACCGUUAUGAUGGUAUUCCGUUAGCAUGGAGUGAGCAUGCAGUUACAUCUUGCACUGGUGGUUUGGGCAAUAGAAGCACAGGGGACAAUUUUCAUGGCGUACCAAAUAUUGAUCAUAGCCAGCAUUUUGUACGGAAAGACCUUAUAGGUUGGCUGCGGUGGCUGCGUAACACAGUUGGUUUCCAAGAUUUCCGUUUUGAUUUUGCACGAGGUUACUCAGCUAAAUAUGUAAAAGAAUAUAUCGAAGGAGUAAAGCCCAUGUUUUGUGUUGGGGAAUACUGGGAUUCUUGCAACUACAAUGGACAAGGCUUGGACUAUAACCAAGAUAGCCAUAGACAACGAAUUAUCAAUUGGAUUGAUGGAACAGGACAACUUUCUGCUGCAUUUGACUUCACCACAAAGGGAAUUCUUCAGGAAGCUGUUAAGGGGCAAUUCUGGCGUCUGCGUGAUUCCCAAGGGAAGCCCCCAGGUGUAAUGGGAUGGUGGCCUUCAAGGGCUGUCACAUUCCUUGAUAACCAUGACACAGGCUCAACACAGGCCCAUUGGCCGUUCCCCUCGAAUCAUAUUAUGGAGGGUUAUGCAUACACACUCACACAUCCAGGGAUCCCAACAGUGUUUUACGACCACUUUUAUGAUUGGGGUGACUCCAUUCACAACCAAAUUGUUAGAUUGAUGGAUGUUCGUCGGCAGCAGGGCAUCCACUCUCGAUCAUCGAUUAAGAUUCUGGAGGCUCAACCAAACCUCUACUCGGCAAUAAUUGGGGAGAAAGUGUGCAUGAAGAUAGGAGAAGGUUCGUGGUGCCCCGCUGGCAGAGAGUGGACACUAGCCACUUCUGGUCACAGAUAUGCAGUAUGGCAAAAAUAAGUGUCCCCUACCGAGCAUUUCUAAUGGAUAACUCUAGAAUCAGAUUCUGGCACACCAAACAAAUUGCCUAUCCAGGCAUUCCUUAAGGACCAUAGAUUCGAGGGCUCACUUAUAGAGAUUUAUUAGAAGACCUUACCAAUGACAGAUAAUAACUACAUUAGCUUUUCCUGAUUAAGCAAAUUAUGGCUUUGUGAAAAUCAUCCUUCUGUCCAACCAUUUGAUAUGUUUUUUAAUUUUGUGUUUUGGUUACAAAGGCAGACAAGGAAAUGAAGAAGUUGUUCCAUGUA